AUGGACGGAAAACGACCGCGUGGAUGGCUUCCACCCCUAGAACCCACUAGAUUCAGAAGACGCCGUUUCGAAUCAUCAGGGAAUGAAAAUUCCGCGCCUCAAGAUGCCGUACCCGCACCCAAUAUACCCGCGCCUCGAUCCCCCAUUCAUGUAUGGGAGGUCCCCCCAGAACAUAAUCUAGAGGCUACGAUAGAAGAAGAUGUUGAGCCAGCUCCGGAAGACGACAUGCGCCUUCUACAACCGAUACAAACCAAUCUUAUGGGCGUGGAUUGGGGCAGAGACAAUAAAGAAAAUGAUUACGGGCUGACCCAAGAAGCUGAAGACGAGAGAGAAACGGUCGGGGGGAGUUAUUUGGAUGAUAUCGGGAUUGAGGAAGGCGAAAACAGCCAAGCACUGGAACAAGAUAGGGACGACGACACUGCAUUCAUGUACUUUCCGCCAAACGACGAGCUACAGACAGAACACACACAACAUGAGGCUGAAAACAAUGCGGAUGAUCCUUCAGCUGUGGCCCGUGACGUGAACCUUACAGCGGGCAGUGGCGACGUUAGCUCUGCAGAUGUUCUUCUCGACUUGGCUUCGGAAACCGCGGAAGGAGCAGGUGAUAGGGAGGGUGUUGUCGUUGACGGUAGAAACGAGGCGUAUUUUGACCAAUGCGGGGAAGAAUUCCAUCUGGCACUGAUGCUAUUUGUGACAAGUGCGGACCUUUCAACAACCCAAUACGAGGCGCUCACGGAGGUUCUGGCACUAGCUACUACAGAGACGAUAAAAUCGCUACCUAAAUCCAUCAAAACUCUACAGCAGAGGUGUCGAAGAGGGUUCCCACUGAUGCAGCUCAAAGGAAAACUAGUAGAUGUCGACCUAAGGCAGAUACCACCAAAGAAAGAAACACCUCGGAACGCUUACUUUUUCGAGCCUUCAGAGUACUGCAAAGUGUGGUUAAGCAGCCCGACGAUUAGGCAGAGUUUGCACCAGGGACUUGGAGAGUAUGUCGACGUCGCUUCUGAGCUCUGGCAUGGAGAUGCGUGGAUGGAGAGUAUGAGGUCUACAUCCGGUUCUUUUGCGUAUAUAAAAGAGGGGGGUGCAGCAGCAGACCACAGCGUCCCGCUCUUACCGUCCGACUGCGUCGAAUAUACGAACACAGAGGGAAUAACAGCUAUCGGUAGGGUGAAAUGUGUAGGGAUAGAUAAGCGUCAGGGAGCAAUUAACCAAGCAUCUGCGCUUAUAAACCCGUUAAUUCGCCCCCACGAGCUGCGGGCUCAGUGGGAAACGCCUGAAAAUUCACCCGACCCUUUUCCAGAGUACGCAUGGGUUGACUCCAAUCUCCCAGAGUUGAUACUAGUCGAGCACCAAAGGGAAAUCGUUCCCUGCACCAAUAUUUGA